UCGAGCUCCUCGGAAGAGAAAAGAAGAAACAAAUGUUAAACAUCCACUAUUGAGACAACACAGGCAUGUCGAGGUCUGUAUAUGUAGACUAACCUAUCAAUCACUUACGGGUACUCUUGCCGUCUCCAUGACAACCCCUCCCAUAGCGACCGGCCUUAUGACCUCCGCGCCAUUCGGUGGGCAGCAGGCCCAGGCCGCCAGGGAUGUCAACACAGCGUCUCUGUGUCGCAUCGGCCAGGAGACGGUCCAGGACAUUGUCCUGCGCACCAUGGAGAUCUUCCAACUGCUGAGAAACAUGCAGCUCCCUAACGGAGUGACGUACCACCCCAACACCCACCAGGACCGCCUGGGCAAACUGCAGGAGCACCUGCGCAUGCUCUCCGUGCUCUUCCGCAAGCUGCGCCUCGUCUACGACAAAUGCAACGAAAACUGUGCCGGUCUAGAAACAAUCCCCCCCGAGCAACUGAUUCCCUACGUGGAGGAAGACAGCUCCAAACACGAGGAGCGCUCAGCCAGCCAUGUCCGCCCGGCAACAGAGGAGAGGAGAGAGGUGUUGGAGGUCAAUAAGAAGCUAAAACAGAAGAACCAACAGCUGAAACAGAUAAUGGAUCAACUCCGGAACCUCAUCUGGGAGGUCAACUCCAUGCUGGCCGUGAGGAGCUGAACAGUGCACACACACACACACACACACACACACGCUAGACAGACUGAUAGGCAUGGUUAAUAACUGAAGAUAUGACAGGGUCCCUCGGUGGCUGAGACUGCACUUUAGAAAGGCGGGCCUUCGCAAUAUCACUGCCCUCGGAGAGGAUGGAGGAGAGAGAAGGGCAAAGAGGUUGCUGUCAGGUAUGGAAGUAUCCAUGGGUUUAAUGGACUGUCAUACUAUACAGUAGAUGCAUAUUACAGUAUGUGCAAAACCACACUCUAGUGUAAAUCGCAUCCAAAGUUUAGAUACAUACCAUUUAGUAAAGGUACCACGUCCAUGUGCUGGUGUAUAAACACACGGAAAUACUUUUAUAGAUAUUAUUUAAUUAUAUCAUUUUAAUAGAGUAUACUCCAUACAUUUUUGGAGGGCUUUAAUUUGUUUACAAAACUGUAGUUAAAAAAAAAAAAUUCCCAACGUUUAAUUUCACAUUUCAUUGUAUUUUGUCUCCUGCUGUUGUUUCCUCAUUGUUGUGGCGAGAGUGACGGACUGAGCUGACUGGACCUUGCCACUCAUCACAGCGUCUUGUCAACUCCGGUCACUCUGUCAAGCUGUAAAUCCUACUGUGAUUUUGGGCCAAGUCUUUUCAUGGGCACAGCAGAGUGCAGGAAACACUUGAAGGGGGCUCGGGGUUUGUCCCCAGGCUUUCAAAAUCCUUUUUUGGUCAAUGAGUAGAAGAGAUGGAAGAAUGCAACAUUAAAGGGGAGAGGCAGAGAGAGACAGAAAGGAUAGCAGUGGAGAGACACUGGGCGUUCCAGUCCAAGAUAUGAAUAUGGAUGUGGGUUUAAGAUUGUAGCGCAAUGAAUUAUUGAGAGCCUGGCUAGGGUCACAUCCAAGUUUUGUUAUGAGGCGAUAGUCCUGGGGGACAUGUCGGUGCGGAACGGAGCCGGAAAGCAGACAAUCUCAGAGAGGACAAAGCAGUGGUCACCAUAUUGGCUCAUCACUUCUUUUCAGUGGUAAAACGCUGUGAUUGGGUUGUUGAAUGUUUGUAUUGUCCUCAUAACGUACAUGGAGUUGAUUCUUAUGCCCCAGAAGUGGAAGAUCACUUGCCUUGAUUUGUCUGGUGAUAUGGCAAUCUGUUUCUGGAAAAAUAAAAAGGUUGAAAAUAAAA